AUGGAUGCCGAUGUAGAUGGGAUCGAUGCCGAUGAUGACGAUGACGACGAUGCUGGCAUAUUCGGCAUCGCCAACGACUGCCAAAGUGAGGACGAUGACACCCUCACUGGUGAAGACAACGUAUUUUCAGCAGUGCACUCGAAGCGCACUGCUGUCGACAAGAAUGAAUCAGCAGAGGAAUUUCUGCUGACUCGCGAAACGGUUGUCUGCUUCGUUCUAGACUCUAUUGCAGAUGCACUAGACAAGCAAAAAUAA